AUGCCUCCAAUGCGAGAACAUCAAUCUCUGGAGGCUCAACAUAUUCCAUCCGCGUCUUCCGAAGAUGAAGAUCCAUCGUCUCCAGCUAAAAGCGAUAAAUCUACGUCACCUUCUACCGAUAAAGAUCGUAAACGUGGUAAAAGAUCUCCGAGCAUUAAUACAAGAGCUUCAAGAGUUGGAGUCACGAAUUUUAUUAACGUAAUAAAAAGUUUACAUCCCGGCGAAUCAAUAAAUUAUUUUCCUAUUACAAAAGAUUCUUUACAACAAUAUAUUGAUUCUAAAAGAAAAGCUCUUAUAAAAGCUGGUUCUUUGGAACAAUAUUUACAACAUAUUCAAGCUUAUAAUAUUGCUCUAGGUUUCGGUUGGGAUGGUCAUAUAUUCGGUCCAAUUAUUAAGAAAGCUUUGGAUGAAUUAAGAUCUCAUGAAGAUGAAAUGUUGAAAUCUUCUAAUUCUCAACCUAUUAUGUCAACGUCUGAUACAUUAGAUACUAUUAUGUCAUCCAGUGCAUCUGUACCUGAAGCAAUGACAAUUGAUAAUAGAAUUCCUGAUUUGUUUACUAUCGAUGAAAGUGACGUUGAUCACAUUGAAAGCGAUAUGACUUCUUUUAGAGAACAAGAAAAUUCUUCUAAAUUAAUACCUACCGUCUGUUUUGAUACUACAAAGAUUCCAUUUACUCUCUUAGAUCAAUGUGUCAAAAUAAAUCUUGACAAUCUAAACUCCAAUGAACCAUUACAGAAUCUUCGUCAAUUAUAUCUUAAAGUUUCUUCCACAAACUUUCCAAAAUCUUGGGGUUCCGUUGAUACUUUAAAACUCUAUUAUCGAAUUGGAACAAAAAACGAUCCACAGCAUUUCGGCUUAUUCGAUGAAUCAACUUUUAAUCGAUUUUGGACUAGUUUUAAUGACCGUGAAGAUGUUCAAUUGGUUGUUUAUCGUAAUGCAGAUCCUGCUGGCAAGCAAUUUGUUAUCCGGGCAUCCGAUGGUGCAUUGGAAUAUGUACCUAGUGAUAUUGUUAGGGAGGUUAUAGUCGGUGUUGAACAUACAGAUUUAAUUGUUUCUGUCGAAGAUAUUAAACAAAUUGAUUUUGAUUACUUUUAG